CCUCCCAUCUACAGCAACUUCCCUCCGAAAAAUGUCAAAUAUGGCGCCAAAUAAAUCCCCAAUUCCCAUUUAUAUUCGAAGAAAGCCACAUAAAAACAGUAGAUGUGCUGAAAUUUUGGAAAUUUGAAGGAAAUCUGGGAAGCCACAUAAAAACAGUAGAUGCGCAAAAAUGUCGCAGAUUUCUUUUUCAUCAACAAAUCCGAGCCUUAGUGCGAGGAAGCUAUGCAGGUGCGGUGGAUAUAUCAAAACUUGGACUCCAUGGACUGAUUUAAAUCCUGGGAGAAGAUUUGAGGCUUGUGAGAUGAGUCGAAGAAAUAGAGGAAAUGGGCAUCAUUGGGAGUGGCUGGAUGCACCGACCUGUGCAAGAGGAAAAGAACUAAUUCCUGGGUUGCUGAGAAGAAUGAGAGCAAUGGAAGAGGACCUAAAGUUAAUAGAAGAACAUAAGAAAGAAGUGGAAGAUAAGCUGAAAAUGGUGGAGAGAGAAAAGAAGGAAUUAGAGUACGAAGUUGGAGAACUAUGCAAGCAGAAAAGAUUGUUGGAAGAGAAAAGAACAGGCCAACGACCAAGAGAGAAUCAGAUUUGAGGGGUUUCAUUUCUGUCAUUGGUUCUUGGGUUUUUGGUGAUUAUGAUGAUGCUCUGUGUCUUGAGCAAUUGGUUGACAUUUCCGGGUGGAAAAUAUGAAAAGCUUAUGAUCAAUUAGGUCGAAAUGUAACCGAUAUGUAGUUUAUUUUGCAAUGAAAUUUG